AUGGGGAAACGUAAAGGAAAAUGCGUGAAGAAGAAUUCCGCAAGUAAAGAAGCUUUGGAGCCUGAAAACCUAGUGAAAGCGCCACAUUCGUUCGUGAUUCACAGAGGGCAAUGUAGCAAGGACCUCGUAGACUUAACUAGAGACUUCAGAAAGAUCAUGGAACCUUUCACUGCUUCACAAUUAAAAGAACGCAAGAAAAAUACAAUCAAAGAUUUUGUGUCCAUAUCUGGUUAUCUUCAUGUUUCACACAUGGUCCUUUUUACGGAAACUGAACUUGGUUCUUACAUGAGACUUGCCAGACUACCUCGAGGGCCUACGCUAACUUUUAAGAUACACAAUUACAGCUUAGCUCGUGAUGUAAUAUCUUCACUAAAAAAACAAUAUGUGAUGAUGCGUGCCUUCCAAAAUGCACCCCUCAUUGUGCUAAACACCUUCUCUGGUGAAGGCAUGCACAUGAAACUUAUGGCCACAAUGUUUCAAAAUAUGUUUCCAACAAUUAAUAUUACUACUGUAAAACUAAAAAAUAUAAGGAGAUGUGUAUUAAUGAACUACAACCCGUCCACAAAACUAAUAGAUAUGAGGCAUUAUGUAAUUAGAGCAACACCGGUUGGACUUAAUAAAGGAACUAAAAAGGUGGUCCAAGGCAAAAUACCAAACUUGAACCGAUGUAAAGAUAUGUCCGAGUUCUUUGACAAAGCGGGCUUGCUAUCUGAGAGUGAGUUCGAGGAUGAUCCAAAUUCUCAAAUAGUUCUUCCACAAAGUCUGGCGUCGAGGGGAGCAGCCGUUGAUUCUAAAUCAGCUAUCAGGUUAUUUGAGCUCGGACCAAGGAUAACAUUUCAACUUAUAAAGGUUGAAGAUGGUCUCAUGGAUGGUGAAGUUUUAUACCAUGAGCUUGUAGAAAAAACAGAAGAAGAAAAAGCAUUAAUUAAAAAGAGAAGAGAGGCGAAGAGACGUCUAAAAGAAAAACGUAAAUCGAAACAAGAAGAGAACAUUAAGAAGAAGCAGAAAGAAAAAGAAGAACUCAAACAGAAGUCUCUUGAAGGCAUUAAGAAGAAGAAAGAAUCGACUGAGAGUCAGAGGUUAAUGGAACUGGCGGCCGCCGAGUCUCAGAACAAUGAUCAAGAUAUGGAGGAAGACGACGACGCUGAUUACUACAGACAGGAAGUGGGAGCCGAACCGGAAAAAGAUCUGUUCACACCCAAAACGUCGAACAAGAGAAAGGCUGAUGACAAUUCUGUAAGAGGUUUCAAAAAAAUGCGGCUCGACAAGAAAUUAAAAAGGAAAUAUCAGAAAAAUCAAGAUGGCGGCCAACAGACAAAGAAACAAGGCAACGACAAGAAGUUCCAAAAUAAGGAUUUCAAAAAUAAGAAUUCAGGAGAUAGAGAUAAAUUUAGGAAUAAAGGUCAGAAGAAAGUGUUUGGAGGGAAAGUUCAGAAUAAGUUUAAUAAAGGCAGCAAAGGGAGGGAAGGGAAAGGUAGAAAGAACUCCGGCAAAGGAAAAGGGCGGAAAUAAUUGUUAUUGA